AUGACAUCGUCUAGAAGCAACUACCGCGUGAUAACGGCGGAAGAAGAGGAGGCGGCCGGCUUGUGCGUGGGCUGGAUCUUUCUCUAUAUGGCGGUGCUCUACAUCUGCUUCUUCGCCUUCUCCGCAGUGAUCUCCUACACUCAUGUGUUUGCUCGCGCCACCAGGUUCGACAAGAUCUUCUGGGGGAUCCUGGGAGUGCCCUGUCUGCUCAUCGCCGUCGGCAUCAUCUACCUGCUUCUACGGGAGGACUCGCCCUUCCGCAACAAGCGUGCCACCGCCCGUGUCGCCGACCUGCCGCCCGCCGAUGUGUGCUAG